AUGAACGCUACUAGUUUAUAUGUUUCUACUUGCCGGUUAAUAAUAUUAGCAGACACCACUGACAAAAGUACGUGGACCGAUUUAUUUCGUUUGGUCCCUUAUUUACGUCAAUCAUUGUCCUGCACAGUAUGUGGGAACCUCCUUAAAGAACCCUACACGCCGACUGGUUCUGGUUGUCAACAUCAUGUCUGCAAAAAGUGCAAGGGUGGCAGAAAGAAGUUAAAACCAUCGUGCAGUUGGUGUAAAGACUAUGAAAAUUAUGCAGAAAACUUACAAUUACGGAUCCUCCUGCAGUGUUAUAAAAAACUAUGUGAAUAUUUUAUGGGUACGGAUGUAUAUAAAACCUUAAUUGAAGAAGAAGAAAUUGCUGCGGGAGUUAAUGGAGGAACUGUAGCAAGCUCCGGCUUAAUUGAUUUAAUUCAAGAAGGAGCAGGAUUUUCUGAUGAUUAUAAGAGCAACGCGGGUCUUUCUAAAUCAGCAUAUAGCAUAUUACCUUGUGUUUACACAAAUUCAGCUUCAACACAAACUCAAGCGGCUUCUACAUCAAAUAGUACAGAAAUAAGAUCAACUAAGGAUUCACCUAAUUCAAGAGCAAUUUCAAAUGGUUCUCCACUUUAUUCAGUAAUGUAUGCUGGUACAGGUAACAAGAUAACUAUUAAAAGAAAAGCAAUUGAUGAAACAGACUCACCUCCUCAAAGUGAACCUCCUCCUAGAGAAAGCAAAUUGAAUCAGUUAGGGUUUAAAAAGCCCUCAAACAGAUCUCGUAGUUCUGCAAGCAGCAAGAGAAAAGGUUGUCGGUGUGGCAAUGCCACUGCAACUCCUGGAAAGUUGACAUGUUGUGGACAGAGAUGUCCUUGUUACGUUGAAAGCAAGCCCUGUACUGAAUGUAAAUGUAAAGGAUGUAGAAAUCCACAUAGGCCAGAUGGCAUGAAGGUGAGGCCACAUAUACCUCAGUUAGAUACUUUACAACUUACAUUAAAUACAAAUCCAGAUAGCUCACCUUCAUGUUCCGGCUCAAUGGAUAGUCUAGAUACUGAUACAUUAACUAUGGAGGCGAUGGAAGAGUCUUUAAACUUUAGUACAGACCUUAAGACAUCUAAUAUAAAAGUUUAUACAAGUCAAUUACAAGAGGUAUCACCGUCUUUACCAGCCACAAUAAUGAUGGAUGAAGAACUGCCUGGAUCACCUGAUGAUGACAUGAGUUCUCCACAAGAGUACAUGUGCUCUCCUCAUGAUCCAAAUGAUCCAGACACGGCGUCUCCCCAAUCUGGAGGCUUCCAUGAUGUCACCAGUGAUGUUGAAGUUGAUGUAUGA